CGGCGAAAUAUCACCGUUCCCGUCAAUUUCCUCUCAAAAAUUUAUUACUGGAGCGUCACGGCUUAGGUUUCAUCUUCAUCUUUUGACGGUUUCCAGGUUCCCGGAAUUUGUCCACUGGUGUGACGUAAGCGCUUGCGUUCAUCCAGGGACACGUGGCACAUCACCUCCUCCUUCCAUUUUGGCUGCUAUUGUAUAAACACUUUGUCCAGUUUUGGGAAAUAUUGCAUUUUCGACUUUCUUCUUCAACCCCAUAAUUCAUGUACUUUUCGCUUGGAGUUUCAGUUCCUGAAGUCGUGUGAUUCCGAGCUUGCUCUGAGUAACAAAAUGAAGAGCUGUUAUCAAGGAUGGUUGUUUUUGCUAGCAGCAACUCUGCUGGCACAAAGCUUACCAUACUCACAAGCCUUUUGGAGAAAUGAAAAUAAGGUCAAAACUGCUGUUUUCCUGUCACCUAAGUUUGUGCUGGGACCAGGAUCAGUGGUAGAUGGAUAUUAUUACAAUAUUGAUUUUCCAAGAGGUCAUAUUGCUCUCAAGAGUUUUAAUGCAGAAGUUAUUGAUGAGUUGGGAAAUCCCAUUCCCCUUCACGAAACCUAUCUCCAUCACUGGGUUGUUGCAAGGUAUUACAGACAAAGAAGAGAUGUGAGAGUUUUAGAAGAUAAUGGAAACGAAAAACUUUCCAAGUCAGAUUAUAUGUUUGUGCGAAACAGUGGAAUUUGUCAGAACCAUUCUCUUGGACAGUAUUUUGGCCUUGGAUCUGAGACAAGAAAAACAGAAACACAUGUUCCAGAUCCUUAUGGAAUAGAAGUUGGUAAUCCUGCUGAGAUUCCUGAUGGUUAUGAGGAGCAAUGGAUGCUUAAUGUCCAUGCAAUUGAUACAAGGGGUGCAGAAGAUAAGUUGGGAUGCAUUGAAUGCAGGUGCGAUCUAUAUAAUGUUGCAGAGGAUGAAUAUGGCAGACCUUUAAGACCAGACUAUGUAGGGGGUUUGCAUUGUUGCUAUGAUAAAACACAAUGCAGGGUAAGAAAAGGGUUUGAGGGUGCAAGGAGGAGCCUCUACCUCAGAUAUACAGUGAAAUGGGUUGAUUGGGAUAGUUCUAUCUUGCCUGUGAAAAUAUAUAUAUUUGAUGUCACUGAUACUUGGACAAGGUCUAAACCAGAGCAUCAUUGCCAGGUGGAAUAUGAUGUAAAGACUUGCGAUGCUGAUGAGGGGUGCAUUCACAACAAAAGGGCAACUCUUGCCCUGCCAACAGGUGGUAAUCUUAUUUAUGGUGUUGCACACCAGCAUGCAGGGGGCAUUGGUUCUACUCUAUACAGAGAGGGUGGCCAAGAUAUCUGUUCUUCGAUACCAAUUUAUGGAGAUGGGAAAGAAGCUGGAAAUGAGGCUGGUUACCUGGUGGGCAUGUCGACCUGCUAUCCUCAACCAGGUUCUGUCAAGAUAAGUGAUGGAGAGACUCUGAUUGUGGAGUCUAGGUACAGUAGUGCCAUAAAUCAUACAGGCGUAAUGGGGCUCUUCUACAUUCUGGUUGCAGACGAAUUGCCACAAUCAGCAUCCACCUUGCAUUCUCUCGUUCAAGCGAAUGGUGUGCCAUCAAGUUACCUUUUUGCAGCAGUAGUUUUGAUAGCUGUGGUGGCAAUAGUUGCUGGUAUAAAGAUCCAUAAUCGACUUAAACGCAAGAGAGAAGAUGGAUACCAGCCAAUUGUGUUCUAAACUAAACAAACAUUCUCUCAUGAGUAAUUAGUUUUGUAAUCAAUGGAUCAGACAUCAGUGAUAUCCAGGCAGCAAAUAAAGGGAUCCCAAUAAAUUUUGAGCUUUAUUAUCAAAGUCAUGUACAGUAUCUAAUUGUAUAUGAUAAAGUUGGGAGUGCUUGUGGAGUCUAGAUACAAUACCAAUAGUGCCAGCAACCAUAGAGCCAUAGAGGUACUAUGGGGCUCUUCUACCUUGUAGUGCAGAUCAAUAGGCGCCAUCAAGAUCCACCUUGGAUCAAAAUCAAAUAAAUAAAUUUAAUUUAGUGUAAAAAUUACAUAUUAACCUAUGUGUUCUGUGGUUAGCUUGUGCCUAGCUUGUGCUGAUUUUCAAG